AUUAACUGUCAAAUUGUAUGAAUGUCAACAAUAACUUUUAAACAUGGAAUCAAAGCAAAUACACGAUAUUGUUCCAUUUUCUUCGUGUGUUAAUCCUAGUUUUUGGCACAAACUAGCUAACUUAAAACUAGACGUGUAUAAACUCGACGAAACAGCUUCCAAAGUUUGGGGUUAUUAUUCUAACCUCAAUUGCCAAAACAAACCUUUACUUGAAGUGGAUAGCACCUCCUUUAAUAGUGAAUAUACAGGAGUUAAAUUUAGUUUGCCAUACCAUGGAUUAUUGAUUAAUAAAAACACAAUUGAACAGUUUAAAGACUGCGAUAAAUUGGAAAUAUUGGCUAAAAUGGGACAAAAUAUACAAGAAACUUUUAAAGAUGAUAGAGUAAUUGAAGAUCCAUCUUUACUUAAUAAUUUUUUGGUUUUAUCCCAUGCUGAUUUGAAGAAGUAUAAUUUUUAUUAUUGGUUUGCUUUUCUGGCACACAAUUUAAUUGAAACUGAGAUAUUGAAUGCAGUUUCUAUCAGUUCUUUAAUUAAUGAAAAUAAGUUAGCAGAUUUGUAUAAAAAAUACAGUGAUUUAUCUAUAAAUAACAAAACAUACUUUAUAAUAAAAAAUAUAGAUGAUUUACAUGUCCUAACAUUAAAAGAUGGUUUAAAACUAAAUGAUCUCAACAACUCUGAGUAUUUAUUUGCAUUUUCUGAUCCAUCCGGUUUAAAAGAAAACCCUGGAUGGCCAAUUCGAAAUUAUAUAAUGUUUCUUUCUUUCCAUUGCAAACAAUUACAGAAUAAGCGAGUAAAAUUCGUGGGAUUACGUUUGAAAGCAAAAGGACCAGAAAUUUCUUGUUUGGAAAGUGUGAUUUGGGAAGCUUUUAUACCUAAUUGUUUUCAAUCUUUAUCUGAAAGUGGAAAAUCUUGGAUUGGGUAUGAAGUCAAUGAAAGAGGUAAAAUGGGACCUCGAUUAGCUAAAAUGAAAGAUUCCAUGUCACCAAUGAGUUUAGCUGAUUCAGCAGUUGAUUUAAAUUUGAAAUUAAUGAAAUGGAGAUUAUUACCUGAAAUUAAUUUGGAUAAAAUUAAGGAGACUAAAUGUCUUUUACUUGGAGCUGGUACUUUGGGUUGUUCAGUUGCUAGAAAUCUUUUGGGAUGGGGCGUAAGAACAAUUAAUUUCGUUGAUAAUACCACAGUAUCUUAUUCAAAUCCAGUAAGACAAAGUUUGUACACUUUUGAAGAUAGCGCAUCUAAUAAAUCUAAAGCUUUAGCAGCUGCAGAAAAUCUUAAAAAGAUCUUCCCUGGUGUUAAUUCUGAAGGUUAUAACUUUACUAUUCCAAUGCCUGGUCAUCCAGUCGGUCAAAGUUUAUUAGAUCACACAAAAGAUUCUAUAGAAAAAAUCACAAAUCUUAUCCAAGAACACGACAUCAUUUUUCUACUUAUGGAUUCGCGAGAAAGUAGAUGGUUACCUACAGUUUUAGGACGAACUAUGCAUAAAAUUGUUAUUAAUGCAGCGCUGGGUUUUGAUACUUACUUAAUAAUGAGACAUGGAGUAAAAGUAUUAACAGAAAAAAAACUGGAGGGUGUUGAUAAAACUUCUGAGUUAAAAUGCGUCCCAGGAAGUCAACUUGGAUGUUAUUUUUGUAAUGAUAUAACAGCACCUGGAGAUUCAUUAAAAGAUCGAACUUUAGACCAACAAUGCACAGUAACAAGACCAGGAGUUGCUAAUAUAGCUGGUGCUUUAGCUGUUGAACUUGCAAUCUCUGUACUACAACAUAAAGAAGGACCUGGAGCCCCAGCUUUUUAUACAACUUCAAAAUCUGCUGAUAUAAGUCGUGAAAAUGAGACGUCUUUAGGUAUUUUACCACAUUCAAUACGAGGUUUUCUUUCGCUUUUUACUCACAUUUUACCCGCAACUGAACGUUAUAACCAAUGCAUUGCUUGUUCUGACGUUGUAAUCAAUGAAAUCUUAGAAGGGGGUACAGAUUUUAUAAUAAAGGUCUGCAACGAUUCGAAAUAUUUAGAGGAAUUAACCGGAUUAAGUAAAAUGUAUUCUGAAAACUUAAACAUGGAGGAAUGGGAUCUCAGUGAAACAGAAGACUAAAAAAUAAGGCUGAUUGAAAAUACUUUUGUGCCUAGUUCAAUAUGAGAGCUUAAAAAAUUUAUAUUGCUAAAUUAUAUUUAUUUUGUUGAUUAUUUUAUAUAUUUAAGCAUUUAAAUUUGUGCUUUAACUAAAAAGAAUUAUAAUAGAGCUUAUAAGCACAACUCA